AUGUCGCUCCUCCGCGGCAUAGAUAUCCGCACCAUGCUGUUCGUCGAGCGUAGCUACGGUCUGCCUUACGACCAGCUCCAGCAGAUCCUCCUCAAUGUUCCUUCCGCAGAUAAGGCCCGAGAGUGGAGCCAAUACUAUACCGCAGGGCCACACUUGGCAGGAAAGAAUCUGUCCCAGGCGCUCUGGACUUUGGAAAAAUGGAAGGAAUUCGGUGUGGAGGAUACUGGCCUCGCGGCGUAUGACAUUUACAUCAACUACCCGCUUGAUCACCGCCUGGCCCUCUUGAAGACGUCCGGUGAUAAAACUGAAGUGACCUUUGAAGCUACAUUGGAGGAGGAUGUCCUCGAAGAGGAUCCUACUUCUGGCCUGCCAGACCGUGUCCCAGUGUUCCAUGGCUAUUCUGCUACCGGCAAUGUGACCGCACAGUUUGUGUAUGUCAACUUUGGCACGUACAAGGACUUUGAGGACCUCGUCAAUGCCAACGUCACCUUGGAGGGUAAGAUUGCCAUCGCCAAGUACGGUAGGAUCUUCCGUGGGUUGAAGGUGAAGCGUGCACAGGAGCUUGGAAUGGUCGGCGUAGUUAUCUACAGUGAUCCGCAGGAAGAUGGUGAAAUCACCGAGGAAAAUGGCUAUGAAGCUUAUCCUAAUGGACCGGCACGGAACCCCAGUGCUAUCCAGAGAGGUAGCACUCAAUUCCUCAGUAUCCUUCCUGGUGACCCCACAACCCCGGGAUACGCAUCCAAGCCCGGAUGCGAGCGACAGGAUCCGCAAAACUCCAUCCCUUCAAUCCCAUCUCUCCCCAUCUCAUACAAGGAGGUUCUCCCAUUCUUGAAGGCGCUUAACGGUCACGGCCCCAAGGCGUCGGACUUCAACGAGUGGUGGCAGGGUGGCGGUCUUGGCUACAAGGGUGUGGAGUACAACAUCGGACCAUCUCCCGAGGAUGUGGUGAUCAAUCUCGACAACCUCCAGGAGUACGUGACAACGCCCCUGUGGAACGUCAUCGGUACCAUCAAGGGCCACAUCCCCGACGAAGUUGUUAUUCUCGGUAACCACCGUGAUGCGUGGAUUGCCGGUGGCGCAGGAGAUCCUAACAGUGGAUCCGCUGCUCUAAACGAGGUCGUCCGCAGCUUCGGCGAGGCUCUCAAGGCCGGAUGGAAGCCAUUGCGCACUGUUGUCUUUGCCAGCUGGGACGGUGAAGAGUACGGGCUUCUUGGCUCGACCGAGUGGGUAGAAGAAUCUCUUCCAUGGCUCUCCAAAGCCAACAUUGCAUACCUUAAUGUCGAUGUGGCUACUUCGGGCACCGAUUUCAAACCUCGGGCCAGUCCCCUUCUGAACAAGGUUAUCAACGAUGUCACCGCUCUGGUGCAGUCCCCCAACCAGACCGUCCGGGCCAGACAGUCCGCGAUGUAUUUCGCCGGUGUGGCCAGUCUCGACUUCGGUUUUGGCCGUGGUGAGAAUGACCCGGUCUACCACUACCACUCAAACUACGACAGCUUCGCAUGGAUGGAAAAGUACGGUGACAAGGGCUUCCUCUACCACCAAGCUUGCACAAAGCUCUGGGCUUUGGCCGCGGCACAAUUGGUGGAGUCUCCCCUUCUAGCGCUUAACGCCACCGACUAUUCUCUUGGCCUUGAAUCCUAUCUGGACCACAUCAAGCCUGCGGCAGACAAUCUGCCUGGAAAGACCCACUUCGACUUCGGAGCUCUAGAUAGGGCCAUUUCUGAGUUCCAGGAUUCCGCAAAGGCUUUCGAUGCCCAUGCUGCGGACCUGCAGUCCCAGCUUGGUGAUGACGUGCCUUGGUACCACUGGUGGAAGAAGGUGAGACUGUGGUUCCAGAUUCGCGUUACCAAUGCGAAGUACAAGGGCAUUGAACGGGCUUUCUUGUACCAACCCGGUCUGGACGGCCGUAACUGGUUCAAGCACGUCGUCUUUGCCCCUGGCAUUUGGACCGGUUACUCCGGAGCCACCUACCCCGGACUAGUAGAGAGUCUUGAGGCUGGUGACGUGGAGAAUGCCGAGGCACCACCAACAACCUCCGCUCUCGCCCUCUCCCUCCUCACAAGCCUGGGCGGGAUAAUCGGCUACGCACGGACCGGAUCAAUCCCCUCAAUCGCCGCCGGCGUCUCCGUCGGCCUCGUCUACCUCCUCUCAUUCCUGCGCCUUCGUGCCGGCCAAUCCUACGGCGAGGAACUAGGUCUCCUGGCCUCGGCCGUACUGGGUGGAAGCUCUAUCCCGCGCGUGAUCAAGACGGGGGGCAAGCCUGUUCCGGUUGUUUUGUCUGUGCUGGCUACUUAUGGGCUUUUUGUUUUUGGGUUUGCGUUUAAGGAGAAGAGGGCGUGA